AUGGGGCUGAAGAAAUUUUUCAAAAUCAAGCCUCCAGAGGAGGCCACACCUGAACAAAACAAAGACACCUUGAUGGAAUUGGGUAUUAGUGUCAAAAAUCCGAACAAGAAAAGAAGAGACAAAUUUUCCGCUUACGGUAAGUUUGCAAAUGAUAAAGCAGAAGAUAAGGUAUACGCACCACCAGGUUAUGAACAGUAUGCUAGACCACGGGAGGAACUUGAAGACUUGAAUGCUUCUCCCCUAGAUGCCAGUGCUAACGAAGCAAUUGCUAGCCCUGUUAACGCUUCAAGUGGCACGGAAGAUCAAAGAAACGCUGCAGAAUCCAACUCUAUGCCGGAUCCUUACGCUAUCGAAAAUGAUGACUACCGAUAUGAUGACGACCCUUAUGCAAGAUUUCAAGCUAAUAAGAGUAAUGGUGGAAGUAGCGCCAACGCUUCGGUAUACAACAGCUCUGGAGGGGGAUAUAACAGCACAUUCUUGAAUUCUUAUAACAAUGAUGGCUUGAAUGGCAAUCAAAGUACUGCAAAUAGCUGGGCGAGCGCAAACGUUAACAAAAACUCAAAUCAAUCAAGCGGCAAUUCGAACCCAGGGUACUCGCAACAAAGGCAACCUCCAGUGUCACGGAAUAGCCCAAUGGCCGACCAGAGAAACGUUUCAUCAAAUCCAUCGCAAGGAAAAAGGAAUCCUCACACUAAUAUGAAUAGUUUCGAUGUUGCACAUGAUCCCUAUACCAAAAAAUCUGGUGAUAGUCGAAAUGGGAGCUCCUCCAACGCAAACCCAUAUGCCUCCAUGGCAAGCGACUCGUAUAGUAAUACGAAUCGAAACCGUUCCGCAAACCCAUACUCUAGAAGAAACACAAGUCAACCGCAAUCGCAGCCUGCCCCAAUGACCUAUACCCCGUCCUUUAUUGCUGCUAACGAAGGAAACCCCAGAAAUGAGGUUGAUUUAAACGAAGAACGCAGAGCGGGUGAAUUUGACUUCGAAGAAGUCUAUGCCGGUACGUCUGCGGAAAACAGGGCAGCAUUAGAUGAGCCCGAUCUGAAUGCUGUGAUGACGAAUGAUGAUUCCGUAGACUUAAACGCAUCCGAGGUAGAUCACAGUUUAAGACAACAACAACAACAACAGCAGUGGUUUAUGGAUGAACAGCAGCAGGAGCAGCAAGACUUUAACGCAACAAAUGAGCAGUAUGGAGAUCAAAGGGGUUAUAAAACAUUCGAAGAGAUACAAAAGGAAGAGGAAGCUCGCCAACAGCAGGAAGAAGAUGAAGCAGUGGAUGAAAUCAAGCAAGAGAUUAAGUUUACUAAACAAAGUUCCGUAGCUUCUACUAGAAAUACGCUAAAAAUGGCCCAAGACGCUGAAAGAUCUGGUAUGAACACACUAGGUUUGCUAGGUCAUCAAAGUGAACAGUUGAAUAGCGUGGAAGGAAACCUAGAUUUGAUGAAAGUACAAAAUAAGGUGGCCGACGAAAAAGUUGCAGAAUUAAAAAAGUUGAAUCGUAGUAUAUUAGCGGUUCAUGUUUCCAAUCCAUUCAAUUCUAAAAGAAGGAGAAGGGAGAGGGAAGAGCAACUGAAGAAUAGAAAAAUUGAAGAAAAGUUGAUGAGAGAACAAACAAAUCAACAAAUCUCGAAGUCAACUCAAAGGAUAGAAGGUGCUAUGAAUGCAAAUAAUAAUAUCAGUGAAGUGCGUGAAAGAUAUCAAAGACAGAAUGUUUUAGAAAAGGCAAAAAGAUAUCAAUUCGAGAACAACGAAGAAGAUGACGAAAUGGAGUUGGAAAUUGACAGGAAUUUGGAUCAAAUUCAGCAGGUUAGUAAUCGUUUAAAGAAAAUGGCUUUGACGACUGGUCAAGAAUUAGACUCCCAGCAAAAACGUCUUAACAACAUUGAGGAAAGCACUGAUGACCUAGACAUCAAUCUUCAUAUGAAUACUAAUAGGUUGGCUGGUAUCAGAUAG